GUUUCUGCCCUAGCCUCAAGCUGGAUUUCUGGUUUUGAUCUAUUCAGCAUGAUGCAUGGGCCGACGCUCUCUGCAACGAGAUUGGCAUGCUGCCAUCAAUGCGCUGGCGGUGCACGCGCAGCGCCGCAUCCAACCUGCGCGCGCUGCGAGCUCCUUGGGCGGCGCCUGCGCGGCGGUGGCGCGCGCGCGACGCUGGGAGCGUGUGCAGCGUCUCCUGGGAACCUUAGCCAUCCGGAGCGUGCGAUGCGAUACUCGGUUCCUGGGAUCUUGGCUCAGCGCCCACCUCAGCCCCGCGCCGCAUGUCGCCCCGAUCCCCGGCCCGGGCGCAACCUGGCGCCUGGGGCUCGACCUGGGCCGCGCGGAGUGGGCCAAGGCGAAGCCGGGAGAUGCGGUGCUGCAGGGCACGGCCAUGAACCUCGCACGAAGCGCAGGCCUUUGGGAGGCUGUGCUGCUGAUGCUGACCUGCGAGGACAUGGGCUGCGAAGUCAACACACUGCACACGGGCCUCGCCGUGGCAGCGGCCUCUGAAAAUAUGGCUGGGCACUGGCAGGCAGCGCUGGUGUUGCUGCAAUGGCAGGCGCAGCGGCAGAUCUCUUCCGACGCGGCGCUCGGUGGCUCGGCGGUAGCGGCGGUCUCUCGAAGCGCCAGGUGGCAGCUGGCAGCCGCGGUGGCGCAAGCCGAAGGACGGACCCUGUCGGUCAGCAAUGCUCUGCUUGGCGCUUUGAAAGCAGACAAGUGGCGGCUGGCGAGCGCAGAGCUUCGAGCCUUGGGCGCGCGGCUUCUGCGCCCGGAAGUGGCGACCUUGAAUCGGGCCUGCACCGCGCUGGCGCGACCCAAGUGGCGUUUGGCCUGGUGGCUCCUUUCAGCUUCCGUUUGGGACCUGGUCAGCUGCAACCUGGCGCUGCUGGUACUCAGCUUUCGUUUCUGGGGUCACUCGCUGGCCUUGCUGCGGGCCAUGCCGAGCAUGUCGCAUCCGCCAGACGCGACUUCCUUCGGCACAGUCAUCGAUGUUUGUGCGCGCGCGGGCGAGCGGAAGCUCGCCGAGGAGCUGCUGGGAGAGUCCAAGGCCGUAGGCGGGGGAGCCGUUUGCGCCUCUGCGGCUUUGCGGGGCCGGCCUUGGGCGGAGAACUGGGCGCUGCUCUGCGCCUUUGGCGCUGCGAAUUCUGAUGACCCAGCGCUGGCCAAUGCGGCCAUGGGUGGCGCCGCCUGGCGCGAAGCCUUGUUUUUGCUGAUCACCUUGGGCCCCCACGCUACGUCGCUCAGCUUCGGCUCUGCCUGCGCGGCGCGGGGCCUUCCCUGGCGCCAGAGCCUCCGCUUGCUGCGCAGCGCGGCAAACAGGCCCAACUGCCUCGUCUGGGCUCGGUCUCCGGGUCGCAGACGCCUGGAGCUGGCGCCGCCCUUCGCGGCGGCCGCGGCGAAAUGUUGCCGAAGCCAACUUCGCUGGCGCCAGGUCGUGACGCUGCAGGCCCUCGGCGGACCUUGGGACGUGCCCUGCGCGGAGCUGGCCGCGAGCUGCAGCUGGGGCGCCCGCUCGCUGCGAAGCCUUGCCAGGCUGUUGGAUGACAUCAGCGGCGCCGGCUUGAGUGCAGUGCAGCUACUUUGAGAA